AUGCUGUACAUCAUGUUAGUUAUAAAAACAAAAGUUUUUAUUUUAGUAUCCAUCAGUCAUAGAUUUCCUGAAUUAGAAACAGACUUCAGAGAGGCAUACCUUUCCUCAGAAGUUAAUUUUUAUUCCACUUUCCUCCACCAGAGUCAUCCAGGAAGCCAUGCCAGGAAGUCCAGAGAACAUUGCCCUGGAAGAGUGCACCCUCUCCCAGUCACGGGACCAGCUGACGCCCCCAAGCCGCACGGAGAGCACCGUGUUCAGCCUGUCGCGCAGCGAGUCCCUCUGGACCAACGAGCCCCCUCGCAGCAAAUGUGAGGUCUACUGGUUCCCCAUUCACCUCAUGUCAACCGGGGGAAGCUUCCUGGCGUGCGGCAUCAUCAUCAGCGGCUUGUACUUCGCCGGCCACUGCAGGAAGGUCACCAACUUGCUGGGACCGGCCCUGCUGUCCAUCGGGCUGAUGGUUUUUGUGGUGGGCGUGGUCCUGAUACCCAUUACUAGGGAGAACAGGAAGCAGUCCACCAUGAAGAAGCCCCUCAGUUACUACAGGCCUCCGAUGUUCAAUCUGUGAUAACGCGAAGGUGUUGGCAUGAAACUUCAUGUUUGGGAGUGAUUCACUUUAACUAAGAGCACGCUGGAUUGAAUGCAGUAUUUUUCAGCAUUGGAGUCACUUUGGGAGAUAUUUAUUAAAAGACUGUGUGGUGACAUUUAUGUUUAUUUCUCUGAUCUGCCAGGAUUGACAACAUUAAAGGAUAUGGCUGGUGAAUUUCUAUAUUUUUCUUUUUGUCAACACAUCCCAGGAGAAGACCAAAACCGUCAGUAAAUUGAUCUGCUGACAAGUAUUGUGUGUAUCUAAAGCUUGAUAUAUUAUAUUAUAUUGAUUAUUAUAUUGUAUUCAUCUGUGCUAUAGAGCAGAGUUGUUGUCCAUUAAAAACACAUUAAUGAGAAUAAGUGAUCGAUCGUGUUAGUUUGUUAAGAAAAGGCUCCGAAGACUAAUAACAUCGAUCACAUUUUCAGUCUCCAGAGAGUAGUUCUAUAAAAGACGGAUACUACUGAGC